UGCGCGUUUUCAUAAACAAACCACAUUUUAUUUCCCCUGCAGUCGUGGCCGCGCCGCGCCGUCCUCCCGCCAGCCCGCCAGCAUCGUCGCACUUCGGCUCCCGUUUUCAACCCGAGACCGCGGAGGAACUCUGAAAAGCGACUCCGGAUUCAAAGGGAGAGAGACGCGGGGAAAACGAGCUCCGCUGCAACAACGAGGAGGGGGUGGGGAGGCUGGCCGUGUUGUCUUUGUCCGAGUCGACAAGCGCGUGGCCCACCGUCGGACCGAGCCGACCCGCACACGACCCGCUUUCAUUAGAUGGUUUUCAGCUGUCGCUCAUAUCGGUCCGCCGUGUAGAGCGCGAGGAGCUUUCUACAGACAUGGUGAAGCUGACGAAGGCCAAGACGUUCCAGGCCUAUCUGGACUCCUGCCACCGUCGCUACAGCUGUGUGCACUGUCGCGCCCAUCUGGCAAACCAUGAUGAUCUCAUCUCCAAGUCUUUCCAAGGCAGUCAAGGCCGAGCCUACCUCUUCAACUCUGUAGUGAACGUCGGCUGUGGUCCAGCGGAGGAGAGGCUGCUGCUCACAGGGCUCCACGCGGUCGCCGACAUCUACUGUGAAAACUGUCACACCACGCUGGGCUGGAAAUAUGAACAAGCCUUUGAGCUGAGUCAGAAGUACAAGGAGGGCAAGUUCAUCAUCGAGCUGUCCCACAUGAUAAAGGACAACGGCUGGGACUGAGAGGGACGUUUUCAUCUUUCUUCAUGACUUUCUUUCAAAGGUUGCAUCCCCCUCAUGUUAAAAGGGUUCCAGUGUAGCUUCCUCAUCCCGCGUACGAGCCAUCGCCGUGUCACACUUUCACUUAGUACGGCUUCGCAAAGAAUAGCAUGUGACGCCUUAUCUUUUUCUGCUCUUCGUGUUUUUUCCAGCGACCGCGACAACACAUGUGCUGAUCUUGCUAUCCAGGUUGCUAGUUGUGCUGGGACGUGGACUGAAUGAGUGCAGGGUUUGUGUGUGUGUGUGAGCGGCUGGGAGACGUAGUCACACGGGCAGGAGUGCGUGUUGGAUUUUAAAGCGUGUGUUUGGGUGAGGAGCGCUAAACGGUCUCGCCGUGUGGGGACGAGGCUACCGCAAGGCAAAUAAUCUGACCACCUUGCAUAUCAGACGCCGGUAUUUGGGAUUUUCCUUUUGAGUUCAAGGUGAACAUUUAUAAAUGUCUGGCCCAAACGGAGUAGAGUAUAUCCGGUUUAACCCGGAGAUCACUUUUGAGUGAUGGCGGGGAUGCUUAAAGCAGUGGGGGGUUUAUUUUUUUAUUUUUAUCAGUGACUAUGUUUUUUAUGGAAAGAUCUGGAACACUUGUUCAUAUUUUGCUCAAAGCAAUCAGGAUGUUAAAGCCCACAAAGGUCUCCUGCAGGACUUCUUAAAUCUGGUAUGAGUGUCUUCUGCUUGUAGGUAUACAUUUUAGUGUGAGUGCGUUGAGAUGUCUUUUAGCUGGAUGGUGUCGAGAAGCAUUCGCCUGGGGCUCGCCUCGAGUUUCCACUGCUCAGUUUGGAUACCUUCACUUUUAUUUGAUGCUGAUGAGAUCUAUCCUACAUGUGUGUAGCCUAACGCGGCGCCGCCCCUACAGAUCCAUUUACUCGUGUUAGCGCAAAGUGUGAUUAGGAUUAUGUAGCAUAUUUAUGGUGUAUUUUUUAUGUCUGCUUCUUUCAUUAAAAGUGUAUUAUUUUAACCUAAUCUUUCAUUAAAAUACAGUGUCUUUAA